AUGAGGAUGGUAAAGGAUCUCAAGAGAAAAAAUAGAUUAAAUAUGUUAAGCUUGGUGGAGACUAAAAGACAGUCAGUGACUAGGUUUGAUGUCUCAAAAAUAUGGGGGAAUGAUUGUGUUGGUUGGGAAUAUGUUGAGUCUACUGGUGCGUCUGGCGGGUUGUUGCUAAUGUGGGAUAACGGGUUUUUUGAUAUGAGGAAUUGUUACAAGAAUGAGAGAUGGUUGUGUGUUGAAGGAGUCUUGUUGCAGAAUAACUUUAAUUGUGCUUUUAUAUUGGUUUAUGGUGCUCAUCUUAGAGACGAGAAGCUCGUUGUGUGGGAGGAGCUGAGCUACAUAGCUGGCCUAUGUCAGGUUUCCUGUUGUCUCAUAGGAGACUUUAAUGAGAUUAUUCAUUGUGACGAAAGGAGAGGCACUGAUAGAUUGUCCGUGUCAGCGGAGGAGUUCAAAAACUGGAUACAAGACAUGGGCUUGGUGGAUUUGCCGAUUACUGACCGCAAGUUUACGUGGUUCAGAGGACGGUCCUGUAGCCGCAUUGACAGGGCCAUGGUGAGUCUGGAAUGGUUGGAGGAGUUCCCAGAGACUCGAUUACGAGGUGGUCCAAGGGGCUUGUCUGACCAUUGUCCUAUUAUAGUAGAAGAUAAGAGACUGAGAGGUGGUCCUAGACCGUUCAGGAGCCUGGACUCGUGGUUUACGCAUGAAGGAUUCCUGAGGAUGCUAAAGGAAGAAUGGAGAGGGCUAGGUGACGUACAGUUCACAGACAAGCUGAAGGCUUUGUCAGUUCCGUUAGGAAGAUGGCAUAAAGACAACUUUGGAGAUAUGGACAACAAAAUUUUGAAGUUAGAGGAAGAGAUUAAGAAGAUUGAUGACAGGGUGGGUGACGGGGCUUAUGAUGAAACGGUAGAUGCAAGAAGGAAAGCGCUUGUGACAUGGUAUGAGAAAUGGUAUGUGAGGAAAGAGUUACAUUGGAAGCAGAUGUCGCGCUCAAGACAUGCGAGAGACAUGGAUAAAAACACAAGGUACUUCCACAACAUAGCUUCGGCGAGAAGGAGGAACAACAGGGUUGAUGCACUGGUCAUUAAUGGAAGGAUGAUAAGGAAUCAAGCUAGGAUCAAGCUUGCGAUUAGGGACUUUUACAAGGACUUGUAUCAUCAGGAGAAGUCACCAUUCGUGGGGUUUAGAGAGUAG